AUGCCUCUUACACCUCCAGCUGAGCCCGACCCGGAACCAAAGAUGAACUGGGCAUCAUUUUAUGCUGUCAUCAGUGGGGUGAACAGACACUCCACAGGCAUCGGUCGCAUCUGGCUCUCUGUCCUGUUCAUUUUCCGCAUCCUGGUACUGGUGGUUGCAGCAGAGAGCGUGUGGGGAGAUGAGAAGUCCGGCUUCACCUGCAACACCCAGCAGCCGGGCUGCAACAGUGUCUGCUAUGACCACUUCUUCCCCAUCUCCCACAUCCGCCUCUGGGCACUUCAGCUCAUCCUGGUUUCCACUCCGGCCCUAUUAGUCGCCAUGCAUGUGGCCCACCGUCGUCAUGUCGACAAGAGGCUCUACAAACUAUCAGGCCGAACCAACCCCAAAGACCUGGAGCAGAUAAAGACCCAGAAGAUGAAAAUCACGGGGGCUCUCUGGUGGACGUACGUCAUCAGCCUGUUGUUCCGUAUUGUCUUUGAGGUCACCUUCAUGUAUUUGUUUUACAUGAUCUACCCUGGUUACAAAAUGAUCCGGCUGGUGAAGUGUGACUCGUACCCCUGUCCCAACACAGUGGACUGCUUCGUGUCGAGACCCACGGAGAAGACCGUCUUCACCGUGUUCAUGCUGGCUGUGUCGGGGGUUUGUAUUCUGCUCAACAUCGCAGAAGUGGUCUUCUUGGUCGGGAAGGCCUGCGGCAAGCAUUUGACCAAUGCUGGAGACUCGACUAUGGGGGCUUGGAUCCAACAAAAGCUUUGCUCGUACUAA